CACGGGAUGUGGGCCCUACGGGCCGCCGUCCGCCCGGGGGCCCGGCUCUCCCGCGUGGCUCGCGGCUGCGGGGCUCCAAAGGCCGCGCCGCCGCUGCCGCCCUGCCCCAAGCGCACGGUCGCCGCCUUCCGCGGGGGUGCAGGGGGCCCAGAGGGGCGAGAGGGUGGAAGGUGGGGCCCAGGUGCGAAUGGCUGGAGAAGUCGGGCUGGAGAAGAGGAGCCAGAAGAUGCGGAGGAGGAAGAGGAGGAAGAGGAGCUGCUGAGGAGGGACCCUUUGUUACCGGCGGGGACCCAGCGCGUGUUCUUGAUUCACCCUGAGGUCAAGUGGGGACCCAGGAAACCACAAGGGACCCGAGCUGAGUGGCAGGUGGCAGAGGCCCAGGCACUGGUGCGCACGCUGGAUGGCUGGUCAGUGGUGGACACGGCAGUGGUACCCACCAAGACCCCAGACAGGAGGCUCAUCUUCGGCAAAGGGACCCUGGAGCACCUGACGGAGAAAAUCAGGGGGUCCCGGGAAGUCUCCGCUGUCUUCCUGAACGUGGAGAGGAUGGCCACGCCCACCAAGAAAGAACUGGAAGCCACCUGGGGCGUGCAGGUGUUCGACCGAUUCACCGUGGUUCUGCACAUCUUCCGCUGCAAUGCGCGCACCAAGGAGGCGCGGCUGCAGGUGGCGCUGGCCGAGCUCCCGCUGCUCAGGUCCCACCUGAAAAGUGAUGCUGGCCGCCUGGACGGACGAGGAGGCGGCUCUCGCUACAUCAUGGGGUCGGGGGAGUCUUCCUUGCAGGUGCAGCAGCGUCUCCUCAAGGACAAGGAGCUGAGGAUUCGGCGCGCGCUGGAGAGGCUGCGGGGGAAGAGGCUGCUCCUGGGGAGGCAGCGGAGGCGGCGGGAGUUCCCCGUGAUCUCUGUGGUCGGAUACACAAACUGUGGAAAAACCACACUGAUCAAGGCCCUGACGGGGGACGCCGCCGUCCAGCCCCGGGAUCAGCUCUUUGCCACGCUGGACGUCACGGCCCACGCGGGGUCGCUGCCCUCCCGCAUGGCUGUCAUCUACAUGGACACCAUCGGCUUCCUGUCCCAGCUGCCCCACAGCCUGAUCGAGUCCUUCUCGGCCACUCUGGAGGACGUGGCCCAUUCGGAUCUGAUCGUCCACGUGCGAGACGUGAGCCACCCCGAGACGGAGCUGCAGAAGGACAGCGUCCUGUCCGCCCUGCGGGGCCUGCGCCUGCCGGCCGUGCUCCUGGACCACGUCCUGGAGGUUCACAACAAAGUGGACCUGGUGCCCGGGUACAAACCCAUGGGACCGCACGCCGUGGCCGUGUCCGCCCUCCUGGGGCUCGGGCUGGAGGAGCUGAAAGCCAGGCUGGAGGAUGCGGUGCUGACAGCCACGGGGAGGCGGGUCCUCACCCUCCGCGUGCGGCUGGCGGGGGCGCAGCUGAGCUGGCUGCAUAAGGAGGCCACGGUGCAGGCGGUGGAUGUGAUGCCCGAGGCUGGAGCGGCCGACGUCAAGGUCAUCAUAAGCCACUCGGCAUACGGCAGGUUCCGGAAGCUCUUCCCCGAGUGAAAGACACGCAAGGGCCUGGGCUGGACUGCGCGUUACAGCCUCCAGCAGAAGCAGGCGCUGUGUGGGGGCCUCCCUCCCCGUACAGGGGGCUCGUGGGACUCCGAGUGGGAUUCGGCCUCCCUGGUGGGGACUCUGAGGGCUCCUGUCAACUGUUAGGGCAUCUGAAGAGCGAUUCCCUUACGGGAUGACUGAGCCUCGAGACCCUAAAAAUUCUGCAUGUGUGUUUGUAAACCAGCCUUUCUGGCUGUUCAGCAAAGCCCUAUGAACAGUGGCCAUGAGGGAGGCAGGUGGACUCACUCCAUCCCCUGUGUGUCCACAAGGUCACGGCGGCCAGGCUUCGCCCUGUCCUGCGGUAGCGGCAGGGGUAUAAUUAACAGGACAGCCCAGCAGGCGGAAGAGUCUCCCCCUUUGCAGGGCCAGAGAGACGAACCCAUCACGCCAAGGGAAAUACAAGUUCAGGCAUCUUGUCCACAAGCGGGGAGCCACGUCUUGGAGCCCAGCUUCCAAGAAGACCCCUUUGGGGACCCCUUCCUAACAUCUGAGAGGCUCCAGGACUCCCAGACUGCUGGCACCCUGGUGGGUGGGGAGGAUCCUGCUUGGUCGUUUGCCAGGCAUGGUUGCCCCCACGUGCCCUCAAGUCCCCCAGGGCUCCCUCAGCGUCCUCUCAGCCUGGUCCCUGUGCCUGGCCACCCCCCUCCUCCCAGGUCCACCUCCCCAAUUCCUCCCCAUCUACAAUAUGUGAGGGUGGGCUGUGGGGGUCAGUUCUGGCCUCUGGUCCCCUCCUCUCCUGGUACCCCCCUCCCACUGCCCAGCUCCUCCCCAGCCCCAGCCCCAGAAGCCCCACCCAAGGAGCGGGGGGAGCAGGGCCAGACAGCCUCUGCUGGAGCUUAUCCUGCAGGCCCGGGAGGGAAGGAUAAGGUGGGGCCUGGGGGAAGGGAGGGUCUCAGGGAGCCCAGACUUCAUGGGACCCCAGAGAGAGGGUUCAGGCUCCCAGUGGGUGAGAACAGGUACAAGACACUGCCCCAGAUUCGCACAAGACCCUCCAUCUGUGGACAGGGUCUCCCCUCCCAGUUGGGGUCCACUGGGUCCAGAGAUGCUGGGGGCUCUGAGGACAGGCCCAGGUGGAUGGACAGGACGCUACUGUUAGAGGAAGGGGGUUGGGCCAGGCAGCCCCUGGGGCGCCCCAUCACAUAUCUGAUGGGGAGGUGGCCCCAAGAUGGUUUUGAGGGUUGAGAGUCUCCAUCGUGUUGGCCGGUGGCUUAUUCAGCAAAUGCACUUGGGCUCACACACUGGCUGAGAAGAGGUGAAUGUGUGUGGCCAGCCCCACUUCACGGGUGGCGGCCCGAGCACGUGGCCUGGAAGCUGCCCCGCUAGCAACAUCCUUCUGCCAGAACUCCCUCCUCGAAUACAGAAGGCUCAAAAGCUCAUCUUCAGCAUGGGUGCAGAACCUCUGCUUCAUGUCCCCACGGGAAGCUAAAACCAUAAAGCAAAAAUAAACAGGAGAAUGGA